AUGGCACCCAAGCCCCACCGGAGAUUGUCCGAAGCCGCGCGCCCCGCGCCCCCGUCGUCCUCCUCGACCCGCUCCAGCGCGCCCCGCGGCGCCACUGCUUCCGAAUCGCAAGGCUCCCAGCUCUGGCUGUUCCCUGCUCGCGAGAACCUGCGCGCCUCGCUGUCCGAGCGAUGCCUGGAGACGCGCCAGCUCAGCUGUGCGCACGGCCGCCUGGCGGUGCUGGAGCGCGGCGGCACGGGCGUCCGGAUGCACGACCUGCCGGCGGGUAACGACGGCGCCGGGCUGCCGAAUUAUAUUAAACUAGGAAAUAAAAUUAAGAUAUAUUCUAUGGACCAAGGAGCAAACCACAUGAUUAUUCUGUCAUCAGAGGGUGAAGCGUAUGAGUACAGCAUAAACGACGCAAGGCUUCGUUGUGUUGUGAAAGAAAAAAUUAUAAUUCAAAUAGCAUGUGGAGAUGAUUAUUCCCUUGCACUCUCCAAAGGUGGUGAGCUGUUUGCUUGGGGAAACAACUGCCAUGGCCAGCUGGGACUAGGAGAAAAAAUUGAAUCAGCUUAUUUACCACAGACUGUGACACAUCUUCUUGGAAUCCCUUUGGCUCAGAUAUCUGCAGGAGAAGCCCACAGCAUGGCCUUGUCGAUGUCUGGAAAUAUUUAUUCCUGGGGAAAAAAUAAUCUUGGACAACUAGGCCUGGGACACACCAAAGAUGAAGUGUUUCCUUCUUUUAUUGAAGAACUGGAGGACCAGAAAGUAGAAUUUCUUUCUUGUGGGGGUUCUCACACUGCUCUUCUCACAAAGGAUGGGCUGGUGUUUACUUUUGGUGCUGGAGAAUACGGGCAGCUUGGUCACCAUUCAACACAGAACGAACUAAGACCCCGUUUGGUGACUGAGCUCAUUGGGAAGAGAGUGACCCAGAUAGCAUGUGGAAGGUCCCACACACUUGCCUAUGUUCCUGAUUUGGAAAAGGUCUUUGCUUUUGGUUUCGGGCAAGAAGGACAACUGGGAAACAGUGGAACCAAAAAUCAGCUGAUACCACUUCCCAUGAAAUUGUCAGCAAACGAAGAACUCAGACUUGAACACUGCACCUCAGAAAAGGAGUUAAUAAUGAUUGCUGGAGGAAAUCAAAGUAUUUUGCUCUGGAUUAAAAAAGAGAAUUCUUAUGUUAAUCUGAGAAGGAAAAUUCCUACAUUGAAUGAAAACACUGCAAAGAGAUGGAAUGAAGAUGUGGGAACCAAACAAUGGCAGAGUACAAAAAGGGAAAUCAGAGAUAUAUUUUCAUCUGCUGCUUGUGUUACUGGAAGUUUUUUAAAGGAAAGAAUUGGUACAGGAAAGAAGUCCUUUAAUUCAGAUGUAAAUAAAGCAAGAGACAUUUUUAAGACAUUAACACAGAAGGACUCCAUUAAUAGCACGAUUGCCACCCAUGUCAAGGAAAAUCUGUUCACAAACCUACCUUUGAGUACUCCACACGGAGAAGCUUUAGAAAUUUUCCUCCUGCUCCCAGAAUAUCUUGUGACUCAGGAUUCUCACACUUGGGACAGUCUGGGGAUACUAUAUGCAAAGGCUGUUAAUACAAUCAGCAAGAAAUCUUCAGAAAUUCUGGAGUCAUUUUGGGCAUCAUUGGAAAAAUCCACUUUUGAAAAACUGAUCAAAAUAUUUCAAAAGGGUAUCAUCACUAUUUGUUCUGAAACUGGUGAAGAUCACAAGUCUAUUAAAACACUCCUCAAAAUGUUGAAAAAGCUGUACAUGAAGCAUUCUCAGCCUUCUGAGGACUGCACCUGCUCAGGAGCCCUUGGUGGGGCGGAUCUGCUGCCUCCAGAGCAUCACCGGCCUCCAGGUGCGCAGGAUGGCACUGGCCCUGCAGAGAGUGACCGCGAGCAGGGCACCUCAAAAAAGCAUUCACCUUAUGCCAUAUUCAGCCACUUCCCAUUUGUCUUAUGUAGUCUGUCUAAAGCCAAGUUGUUACAUGCUCAAUCAAAAUUAGAAAUGAAGAACUCAGUUUUUAUAAUAUUGAAAGGACCAAGAAACUUAGCAUCUGUGUCAUCUGCCUCUCAACUAAUGAUCAGAAGGCGCAACUUAGUUGAGGAUACUUUUGCUCAAGCAGAUUGGUUUGAGAAGCAAUUACUGUGGAGGGCAUUACAGGUUUCGUUUAGUGGAGAACCACAAGAUAACUGUAACUUUCAAAGAGCUCAGAAAGAGUUCUUUCAAAGCAUGUUUCAACAGCUGUCUAAACCAGAAUAUGGGAUGUUCUUUUAUCCUGAAGAUGCUUCCUAUAUGUGGUUUCCUGUAAAGCCUAAAUUUAAGAAGAGGAGAUACUACAUAUUUGGACUACUAUGUGGACUCUGCGUAUAUAAUUUAAAUGUCGCCAAUCUUCCUUUUCCUCUGGCGCUGUUUAAGAAACUUCAAAACCUACCACCAUCAUUGGAAGACUUGAAAGAACUAUGUCCUUUUUUGGGAAGGUAUUUACAGGCACUUCUGAAGGAUGAAAGCAAGAGCUCUGAAGAAGUAUUUUCUAUCUAUUUUAAUAUUCAUUGGAACAAUACAGAUGUUGAAGUAAUUCAAAAUGGAAAUCACAUUAUGGUCAACCAGACUAACAAGAAAAUGUAUGUUUCAAAGUGUAUUGACUACAUUUUUAACACCUCUGUAAAAGAUGUUUAUGAAGAAUUUCAGAAAGGAUUUUUUAAAGUGUGUGACAAAGAUGUUAUUGGAAUUUUCAAACCUGAAGAACUAAUGUAUGCAGUAACUAGAAAUACAGACUAUAACUGGAUAACAUUUGAAAAGAAUGCCAUUUAUGAACAAGAAUACAGCAGAUUACAUCCCACUAUAGUAAUGUUUUGGGAUGCUUUACACACAUUGACUGUGGAAGAAAAGAAAAAAUUCUUUGUAUUUUUUACAGGAACUGACAGACUACCAACUAACAGUUUAAGGAACAUGAUAAUAACAUUUCGCUGCCCUGAAACUACUAAUGAAAAUAUGCCCAUAACUGUACACACCAAUUUUAGUGUCCUCAUUCUCCCUAAAUAUUCAACAAUGACACGGAUGAAAGAAGCACUUGAAGUAGCCAUCAGCAAUAAGAGAAUUUAG